AUGGUUGAUUUGUUAGAGCGUUUCUCCGCAGUUUCAAGUUUGCAUUUUAAUCCUGAAAAAUCUAAAGGUCACGUAUCGGCUGGUGUACCAUCUCAAGUAAAGCAUAAUUUAGUAGAUAUUACUCAUAUUCGGUUAACAGGUAAUCUAGGAAGGUAUUUGGGCUGUCGCGUGGUGCAUGGUAGGGUGACGUCGGCUCAUUUUGAUUACAUUAUCGACAAGGUAUCACAACGACUAGCUUCUUGGAGGGGAAAACUGUUAAAUCGAGCUGGUAGGGUAACAUUGGUUAACUCCGUUGUGGCUGCUAUUCCUUCUUAUACGAUGCAGUUUCAGUGGUUGCCGCAAACAAUUUAUGAUGCGCUUGAUAGGGAGGCACCCAAGACCUAUACUCAAUUGCAUGAUGGUUUUCAACUACAGCAGGGUGCCGGACACGUGCGGUUCUGGUAUGAUGUUUGGUUGGGCAACUCGGCACUUUGUUUAGAUGUCCCUUAUGUGCAUUUUCGAGAUGUGAAUCUUCAGGUAUGUGAGGUAUUGCAACAGGGGAAGUGGAUCUUGAACAUUCUUCAUACCCCUAUCCCUGAUACUUUACGUCAACGUAUUGAAGGGCUUAGCAUGACCCUUCAUCAUUCCUUACUGGAUGUUUGGGUCUGGAACGGAGCAUUGUCAGGGAGAUAUACGGCUUAUGAGGGGUAUGAGUGGCUAUUGGCACGGGAGGAUGGCAUCCAUGACUCGGUGUGGGUUGAGGAUGGAUUUCAUAUUUUCUUUGGUUGUGAUGUAACUGUGUCGCUAUGGCAAUCUGUGUUCCCUGGUUUGGUUCUACCACAAUGGGGUACAAUCAAUUGGUUCUUAUGGUUGAAGGCUAACAUUGACGAGCCUGGGGUCAUGCUUGCUAUGUCAUCUCUGUUUAGAACGUUAUGGGGACCACAGGAGAGGGUGGCUCGACAGGAGCAUCACGUUACAUGCUUACAAGCUAGCCAAGGGCAAGUCACGGUGCAUGUGGAUGGCAGUGCGCUUGGUAGCCCGGGUCCGGCGGGUUAUGGAGGUUUAUGUAGAGACAACUUUGGUCGUUGGCUUAUGGGUUUUUAUGGGGAUGCUGGAGUUGGGGACAAUCUCAAAGCAGAGUUAUUAGCUAUCCUACAUGGUAUGAAGUUGGCAUGGAGAGCUAACUUUCGCAAUAUACUUUGUGUUUCUGAUUCGUUACUGGCAGUCAAUUUGGUGUUGGGACCAUUGGAUGUGUUGCAUAAGUAUGCUCCUAUCAUUGCUCACAUUAAGGAGUUACUGCAACAAUCUUGGAGUGUUUGUGUUUGCCAUUCUCUUCGAUAA